AUGGCGUCUACUUCUGACCUUGAUGCCGGUCCACUGAACUCUGAGCCUUCGCGGCCACAGGAUCGUGCCGAACAGAACCUCGCUCCUAAGUCUUACGCCGCUGCGGUUGUUGAAUCAGCCAACGAGCAGGCCAACCCCAACCCCGACCAGGGUCCCCAAUCUCACAACAAUUCGGCGACUACGACGGAGCAGAAUGGCGUCGCUAAUGCCACCGAGCCAUUGAUCCCUGAGCCUUCGGAGCCACAUGAUCGUGCAGAAGAGAACUCCCUCCCCAAGUCCUACGCUGCUGCGGUCAGCGAGCCGGCCGACCCCGCUGUCACCACGAGGGAGCAGAAUGGUGUAGCUAAUGGCACUGGUCAUACAGACGAGAACUCUCUCCCCAAGUCCUACGCUGCAGCAGUCAGCGAGCCCACCGACCACGCUGUCCCGACGACGGAGCAGACCAGCGCAGCUAACGAGUCUGUCAAUGGUUCCGUGGUUAAUAACCAGAGGAAACAUCGCGGCCAGGACAAACUGAUAUAUGAAAAGCAUGCAGACCCCAGUGGAGAUUUGCCCUUGACCAGCGUAAAGCCCAGCGACGACCAUGAGAAGAAUAUCCAACAAGGGACCGAGAAACCCCCUCGAGGGAAAAAAUCAAGUCGGCCGUCCAAAAGGCAGGAUGUUCCCAAUGCGCAGCUUGCCAGUGGUCGCCGGGCGGGCGCAGGUUGGGAAAAGUCUGCAAUACACUGGGCACCUCUCAAUGUACCUUUGCAACGACGCCUUCAGACCCUGGCCGUUUUAUGGCAUACGCUUACCAUUCCGAUCCUCCUUUCACUGUUCUUCGUCCUGUGCGCCAUCCCCCUCACGUGGCCGAUUUUCAUCCCGUACUUGAUCUACACACUCCUCAUCAGUGAAGAAGCUACAAACGGCACCCUCUCAAGACGGUCGGAAUGGUUACGCAGGUCUAAGCUCUGGUCUGCUUUUGCCUCCUACUUUCCCGCCCGAUUGUAUCGCACGGUUGAGCUGGAGCCGACCAGGAAAUACAUCUUUGGAUACCAUCCACAUGGUAUUGUUUCCCAUGGGGCGUUUGCCGCCUUUGCCACAGAAGCUCUGGGGUUUGCGGAUCUAUAUCCGGGCAUCACCAACACCUUGUUGACACUCGAUGCGAACUUCCGUGUCCCAAUAUAUCGAGACUACGCGUUAGCAAUGGGCGUGGCAUCAGUUUCACGAGAGUCCAUUGAAAACAUUCUCUCCAAAGGCGGUCAUAAUGGUGAGGGCAUGGGACGUGCGGUGACGAUUGUGAUUGGCGGUGCCCGAGAGAGCCUUGAUGCUCGGCCUGGGUCCCUCCGACUCGUGCUGAAGAGUAGGAAAGGCUUCGUCAAGCUAGCUAUUCGCCAGGGCGCAGAUCUCGUCCCUGUGUUAGCCUUUGGGGAGAACGACUUGUAUGACCAAUUCGACAGUGUCAUGCAUCCGUGGAUCCACAGGAGUCAAAUGCUAAUCAAGAAGAUGAUGGGAUUCACGGUCCCGCUAUUUCAUGCCCGGGGAGUCUUCAACUAUGACGUCGGACUCUUACCAUAUCGGCGCGCUGUCAACAUCGUGGUGGGACGGCCGAUCAAGGUUGUCCAGCAAGGAACUAAGGACAAUAAAGUGGAUGAGACGUACCUGGACCAAGUCCACGCGAAGUACGUGGAGGAAUUGGUCCGGUUGUGGGACAGCUACAAGGACGUGUUUGCCAAAGAUCGGCGUGGGGAGCUAGAAAUCGUCGAGUGA